AUGGCGGGCGGUAAGAAACUUACGAAAGAAGAUGAAAUUUUACUGCAAAAUUUCAGCAGAACCGUCUCCACAAAAUCUUCUGCUUUGUUCUAUGCUAAUGCUUUCUUCGUAUCGGCCAUCCCCUUGUGUAAGUUUAUCUCUUCAACAUUUUAUUUCAGCGUUGAAAUAAUCACAUGCGUACGAUUCUUUGUUCGAUCGACUCGUGUUUCUUUGAUGUUUUACUGUUUCAGGGCUGUUUUGGAGGAUUCACCAGAUGGAUCCCUACUCCUCUGGGAUCAUGUUCGUUGUAAUGACCUUGAUCAGUACGUGGCUUGUAGCGUUUGCGUAUAAGAACGUGAAAUUUCAACUAAAACACAAGUAAGUGGACUACUACUGUAAUUCAAUACAAAGCAGAGUUAGUGUAAAUAUUUGGUAAACCACCUCUGGAUGAUUACGUUGCUGUAAUUUAUUGGACGGUUGAGUAGAUUUUGUUUCAUUAGUGACCUAGUUGAUUUCAUCAAUUUAGCUGAUACUUUUUUAAGGGUUUAUUUCCUUUUUUUGGUGCGAAAUAAGUUAGUAAGUCUUUCAAAGUUAAAUGCUCUUUUAACAAAAAAAGAGAAAAGCUCUUUAAAUAUGAACGUGUACGUUAGUUCCUGUUGCUCUUACUUAUGGAUAGCAAGUCAAAGGCUAUAAGAUGUGAGUUGUUUUUAUUUCAUACAUUGGUUCUUCUCCUUGUUCAUUUGCUUAUUCCCAAUGUUCUCCAGAAUUUUUGAAGAACAAGGAAAAAUUUAAGUAGGUGGCAAUUGAUAUUACAGUGGAGCGUCGAUAUAACAAAGAGCAAAGGGAAUGGCAAAAUUUGUUCCCAAUAAUGAGUAUGUGCCAUGAUUGGCCAGUUCAAAAUGAUGAGUCCGUUAGGGGCCCCAAAUAAGGAUGUUGGUGCUACUUUGCAGACUUUUCUAACCGAGGUUAGAUUAUGACUAUAAUGCAGGCUAUUCUAUGAUGACUGGACAAUGAUUUUAGCCAGUUGCCAGGUCUUCUGAUGAAUACCAUUGACUGUUUGAUAUAAUGUUAUUUGAGGAUUGCACAGCGUCGGGAUGUCUCAGUGACCAAGGAAGUUAGCAUGGAGUUAGAUUCUAACAAGAAACUGACCCGCCAAGAAAAGGAUGAAAGGUUAGGAUGGAGAUAAUUUUUAUUUUCUUGGCAUUCAUGAUUACAAUGAAGGAAUAGCACACUUUGUUUAGAAGACAAACACGAUACUUAUGUACACUAAGAUCUACAGUAUUUCCCUUUUUUAUAGUGGACAAAAAGACUUGUGCUCAAACACCAUGUCCUUUUUGAAUUUGUGUUCUUAAGGAGUUGAUAAAAGCAAAUUCAUAUGUUCCACUCUCCCUUUAACCAAGCACUGAUGUUUAUGUAGAACCACUUUCUUUACUUCGGCUGCAAAAGAUGGAGAACGUUUUAGCGCACUAUUACAUUUGGCUCUUGUUUGUUGGCAUGGCGACUUGACUCAGUCACACAGGAACUGGCCUCCAGCAUCAAGUCUGCUUCUCUUUGCUGCCUUUUUAAAGGCUAGUUUUUACAGUAACAGAGCCAAACUUGGCAAAACACGCUCAUGCCAGGCUAAGUUUUGCAUUUUGUACUUUGUUCACAUUAUUUUGAUAGUCCGUAUUAGUAUAGGUAAUAGCAUGAUUAGUGGUGAUAUUUGGCAUAAAUACCACGAGUGAUAUUUCGAAAUUGUUAUACGUAAUUUCACAAGCCGUUAGGCGAGUGAAAUUUGUGACAAUUUUGAAAUAUCACGAGUGGUAUUUAUGCCAAAUAUCACGUAAAAAUCAAGCUAUUAUUUGUUUAUACUACUACCUGCAAAGGUUUUGUAAUUUUCACUUGUAGGUAUUUCAAAUUUAGCUGAAAUACCACUGCUCUAAGCCAAUCAAAUUGCAGAAAUUUCUCAUGUAGUGGUAUAACAUACUGAAAAAACUUGCCUAGCUUGAUGGUUCUCUUAGAAAUUAUUCUAAAUUAGUAGCCGGCUGUAAAAUAAAUUUUUAGAUCUACUCACUGCGAUCAGAAAGGUUACUUGAGUAGAUGAAAGCAAAACAGAUAGAAAGUGCGUGCAAAGAUCGAAGUGAAACUCAGGUUGGUUCCCAGGGUCCUCUCCUCGUUGUCUUGUUUUCAUGUUGUCCGCAACAAACAUGGUGGCUGUGUUUUUUAUCAACAGAUUUUUUUUCAAUAGACUUUCCUAUUAUAAUUGAUGAUCGAUCUGCUGGAUCAAUCUGAUUAUUUCCAAUGAUUGAUGAUAAAAUCUCAGCUGAUUCCCAUCACUAUCUAUUACAAUGUCUGGCCAGGGAAGGAAAGUCAGUUUGGGUUAAAUGAUAAGAAGGUUUGAAAAAAAAGGGGGCUCAAGAAAGAAGCAUUUUAACUGUACUGUGUUACUGAUGUAAGCUUUUUUGUCUUGUAGGAUCCUGUGGAAAAAGAACAAAGUUGCUGAAACAGAGGCCAUCUCUUUCUCCAUCUUUUAUAACAACUCCCUCUACCUGUUUUUGAUCCUGAUAGCUUCAUUUUAUGUUCUACGAACAUUCAACCCUGCUGCGUAUCCUUGAGAGUUUAUGUUUAUCUUUCAAGUUUUGAAAUGUUGGUAAUGUUUUAAAUGGAUCCUUAUAUUCAUGUGCUUACAGCGUUGUGCAUUCUGCAAAAUUUAAGUUUCUGGUUAUGAAGGAAACAAUAGCCAAUUUUCAUGAUGAUGUCUUUUUACUAUUACAUGUAAGACCAGAAUUUAUUUUUUUUUCUUUCAUAUUUAAAAUUGUUAACCCUUGUGAGGUUAAAAUAGCAAUAGCCCUAAUUUACAAAAGAAAGCAAAACCCUGAAGGAUUCUGGUAGUAGCAGGAAAAGGACACCAUCGUGCAAAUGGACUAAAUAAGUGGCGCCAUCAUUAAAGACCCUGUUUUAUGAUUUGCCCAAUCCACUGGCUGACAUUUUAAAUAACUUCUCGGCUUGUUUGUUGUCAUUUUACUGUUUUUAUUCUGAUCAUCAUUAUCAUGGUCAUCAUGGUCAUCAUUGUCGUCUUCGUCAUCUUCGUCAUCAUCAUUAUUGUAAUGUUUAUUCAUUUAUUGAACAUGCAUGGCAUUUCCUUAACAUAGUUGUAGAAACUAUCUCCUCUCCACUGCUCUCGCUGGUGGAGUGCUAGCUCUGUUGUCUACAGGUUCAUCUGCAUGA